UGAACGCCGCUAAGAUGGAUUCUCGUCUCCUGCUGUUGAGCGUUUUCUUUUCGCUGUUUUUAAGCUCGUAUUGCGAUUGGUAUAACUCAAACAGACAAAGAUUGAAUGCUUUUAAAAAGAGUUUUAAAAAUAGUGAAUCCGAUAUAAUUAUUUUCGUCGAUGUUUCGGGCAGUGUCAGAAGUUAUGGCUUUCGAACAGAAAAAUAUUUUGUCACCAGUUUGCUGAAUGAGUUUAGUGUUGCUUACUAUUCAACACGUGUUGCAGUCAUCACAUUCGGUGAACGGAUUAAAACCAAUAUAAAUUAUAUCAACCUUGAAUCAAAAGGCGCUGAAGACACGACAAAAUGUGAAUUCAAGAAAAUAUUUGAACAUCAAGUGACGUUUCGUAAUGGCGGUGCUACAAACAUGAAAUCUGCGUUUAGAACUGCUAACGACCUAUUGGAAGAGGCACAAAGACUUGGGUGGAAAAGAAGAAACGUGAAUACAGUGGCCAUCAUGAUAACUGAUGGUGCUUGGAAUAUGGGCCACCCUGGAAAUGAAAUCAAUCGCUUGAAGAAUGGUUUUAAUGUUGAAAUUUUCUCGGUCGGAGUAGGUUAUGCUGUUCACUCACAAUUACAAACGAUCGCCUCCCGUCAUGAUAAUGUUAUCUACGCAAAUGAUUUUUAUCAAUUUAAAGAACUCGCUAAGUAUAUUAGAGGAGAUGCACAUGAACGUGUUUACUAUCGGGUAUCGGAUGGCAGAUGUUCUACACAAUGUCAUAAAAAUGGUUUCUGUUCCUGCGGUACUGUGGGUGGAAGAUAUGUCUGUGCCUGUAAUGCAGGAUUUUCUGGAAAUGGAAUUGACUGUGAACCCUGCCCACGUGGCUCUUUCAAAGAUUUUCCUUCGCCAACGAAGUGCACAGGAUGUCCUAAAAAUUCAAAUACUGCGAACACGGGAAGUAUUUCAAUCACCGACUGUGUUUGCAAAGAGGGAUACGAAGGAAAUCCUGGGAGGAAGAUUGACUGUACAGCCGUGAAAUGUCCGCAUAUAGCUGCUCCACAGAAUGGUCAAAUGUCUGGAGAUAAAUGUCAUGAUUCAUACCAAGCAAAAUGCUUCUUCACAUGCAAUACUGGCUUCUUACGUUACGGUCCACCAUUUAGAGAAUGCUUGUCAAAUCGAAAAUGGUCGGGUGAAGAAGUUCGCUGCGACGUUCAGCGUUGCAAUGAUAUUCCCCCACUGCAUCAUGGUACAGCACGUUGUGACGGAACAGCAUUUGGAAAUAAAUGCACGUUCCAAUGUGACCGCGGCUACGAACUUAUCGGCAGCAAUCAGAAAGUUUGCCAAGCUAACGGUCAAUGGACAGGGUCGGAUGUUGUCAAAUGUGAAGCUACGAAAUGCCCGGCAUUGCGAAAAUUAUCGUAUGGUACAGUUGAACCAGUUGAUUGCGUCACACGUACACAAAAUUACGGAGCAGCCUGCAUAUUCCGAUGUAGUAGAGGAUACACUAUGGAGAAGGGUACUGGUAACUUGGUCUGCAGAGUAGAUGGCACCUGGUCACAUGAUAUCCCAACUUGUAAAGACACACAACCUCCACUGAUAAUAUGUCCAAAAAGCAGAACAACCGGAACUGAUAAAAGCAAACCAACGGCAACCGUUGAUUUUGGAGGAGUAGAGUAUGGCGACAACUCCCAACUGUUUGGAAAUGCUCAAAUCAAAUUCACGCAAACUCCCGAAGGCAUAAAAAGUCCGCACAAAUUCCCUCUUGGAAGAACCACAAUUUCAUAUAGAGUUGAAGACCAGGCAGGCAACAUCAAUAGAUGCAGCUUUUCUGUCGACGUUGAAGAUAAUGAAUCACCUCGAGUGAUUUCAUGUCCCAAAGAUAAAAUAGUGGCAACUAAAAAUGAUAAAGCUGUUGUUUCCUGGGAACCAGUUAUAUUCAAAGAUAAUGCUGGAGAUGAUAAACUGACUAUUAUUGGAUCUGAUCGAAACAACACUGAGUUCAAAUCUGGUGCUACUUAUAACAUCUUCUACACUGCCACAGAUGGAAAAAAUCCUCAUGCACAGUGUGCAUUCACAAUCACAGUGACAUCAAUACCGUGUAAAUAUUACCCACCACCAGUCAAUGGCGGUCUCACCAUGAUAGAUUACCUUGGUGGACCUGUAGCAAGUAUAGGCUGUAAUAAAGGAUAUGACUUUGCAACCACGCCUGCUCAAGUGUACCAAUGUUUUACUGAUGGCAGUUGGCUGUUGUGGCCCCCGAACGCAGCGAUGCCAUGGCCUGAUUGUACAGUUAUCUACAACGCUGAUGCCAGAAAAGGAAUGGAAUUUCAGUACUACUCUGGGGAUUGUACAGAUCCCAAAGUUCAGCUAGAGGCGAAAAAAAAUUUCUUGAAAACUUUCGACGAAUUCCUGCAGACUCAAUUUCCUGAUUUUUGCGACAUUGAACAGAGUUGCACAGUCGAAAAUGUUCAGAUGCUCUGUGGUCAAAAACAAGCAGUUGGCAACCGGCGUAAGCGAGGAAUUCCAGGGAAAACUCUAUUUAUUGACAUUGAAAUUAAAAUGGCAAAUAAGAAGGGAAUAAAACCAGAGAAACUAAAGCAAGCUCUUGAUAGUGUCUCGGGACAAGUUAAAAACGAACCAAAACUAAAGCAACUUCAAGCUGACAAACAAAUGUUAACUUACGAGCAACUUCUGGAGAAUCCUGCUGAAAUAUCGUGUCGAAAUGGUAGUAUUUUUGGGAUGAAUAGUUCCCCCUAUACAGGAGCAAAUGAGAAAUGCCAAAGUUGUCCUCCUGGCACGUAUUUUCAUCCAAAACAGAAGUCCUGUCAAGAUUGCCCCAAAGAUACAUAUCAAGAAGAAAGUGGUCGAUUUCAUUGCAAGAAAUGUCCACAGGGAACUUUAACAUCUGGAUCUAAAUCCAAAAAUGCAACAGACUGUCGUGCAAAAUGCCCGGCCGGAGAGUAUUCAGAAGAUGGUCUUGUGAAUUGUCUAAGUUGCGGAAUUGGUUAUUAUCAACAUAAUGAAGGAAGUCAAAGUUGUAUCAAGUGUCCUGGUGCUACGGUUACCACAAGUGAAGCUGCAAAGUCCAUCAACGAAUGUGGCGUUCCAUGUGCUCCAGGAUCAUUUUCAAAUACAGGUGUAGAACCAUGCCAGUUAUGUCCUGUUGCAAAGUAUCAAACCUUGGUUAAUCAAAAGGAAUGUGUUCCCUGUCCCGAAGGUAAAACUACGCGAGGGAUAGGAGCAGUCAGUAGCAGAGAAUGUGAAUUCAUCAAUCCUUGUUUGUUGCAACCCUGUGGUAAUGGGGCAAACUGCCUGGCAAAAGGGAACACGUACGAGUGUCAAUGUUUACCAGGUUUCCAAGGUGAUAAUUGUGAGUCUGAAAUUGACGAAUGUGAAUCGAAUCCUUGUUACCAGGGAGCAUCUUGUCUCGAUAAGGUAAAUGGUUAUAAGUGUGUUUGUCCUCCGGGACAAACUGGUAAACAUUGUGACCAGAAAGUUGGUUCCUUCUGUUCGACCAAUCCAUGUGUAAAGGGUUCUUGCAUUGAAGAACCAGACCGCUUUGUUUGUAACUGUGAGCCCGGAUAUACAGGCAUUUUCUGUGAAAGUCAAAUCAAUGAAUGUGCCUCAGCCCCAUGUCAAAAUGGUGGGAAAUGUACAGAUCUAGAUACGGGAUAUAAAUGCCAAUGUCUGAGUGGUUACACUGGUGUCAAUUGUCAGAUAGAUGAAGACGGUUGUUCAAGCGAUCCAUGUGAAAACCAAGCAACGUGUCAAAGUCUAGGAAAAGACUUCCAGUGCGCAUGCUCGAACGGUUAUACUGGUAAACGAUGUGAGAUAAAUAUCAACGAUUGCGCAAAACUCCCUUGCAGAAACGGUGGAAAAUGCGUUGAUCACAUUGGUGGUUAUACUUGCGAAUGUACAAGAAAUUUUGGCGGGAGAAAUUGCGAAAUAGCUCGAUCAAUGGACUUUGACUUGCGUUUCGGAGAAGACCUUGGAGUCGGUUCCAGUUCCCUGACUUUAAAGAAUGAAAUCCGGGCAUUUACGGUUGCAUUCUGGAUGAAGGUUACUGAGAUUGAUAGUGGUGACCCUGGAACACCCUUAUCGUAUGCUGUUGAACAUCAAGGAAUGCUUUACGACAAUGCUUUGACAAUUUCUGAUUAUUCUGGUUUUGAUGUGUUUAUCAACAACGAAAAAUAUUCUACAAACAUCGAUGCAGAUGAUGGUAAAUGGCAUCAUAUUGCAGUUAGUUGGAAAAGCUCAUCUGGUAAACUGAUAAUGUAUAAAGAUGGAAGUCCUGUCUCACAGGGAACGAUUGAGAAAAACAAAGCAAUACCUGGUGGGGGGUUGAUGGUGCUAGGACAAGAGCAAGAUAUAGUUGGGGGAAAUUUCACAGUUUCUGAAGCAUUUUACGGUUAUAUUAGUCAAGUCAACAUGUGGGACUCGAUCUUGAGUAGUAAUGAUAUCCAAACACUCGCAAGCUCCUGUGCUUUAGAUCGAUAUGGAAAUUUAGUCGCCUGGGGUGAUUUCUUGAAUGAUAUAGAUGGCAAAGUGGAGACAGUUCAGCCUUCACAAGCGUGUCAAGAAAAUCGAUGCUGGAGCAACUGGGUAAAUAGAGACAGACCAAAUUCAGGUCCUGGUGACUCAGAAGUAAUAACUGGAAUUUGUUCAAAUCCGCGUAACGUUGACUGUCAGACUGUUUCUGGUCUGUCGAUGCUUAAUGUCAAUGUCAGUGCCACGUGUUCUUCUCAAGGAAUCACGUGCAAAAACGGUGAUCAAAAUAACCAAUGUCCAGACUUCAAAGUCCGAGCUAAUUGUCCUUGUAGAGCGAGUACUUCAUGUAGUUCCAAUCCAUGCCGCAACGGAGGCGGUUGCAACAAUCAUCUUCGAGGAUUUCAUUGCACGUGCAAAGACGGUUAUGUUGGGAAACAAUGUGAAAUAGAACUUGGCUGUGCAGAUCCACGGCCGUUUGCCUACGGCAACGUUAUCGGUACGACGUAUACUCCCGGCAGUGUUUUAAGUUUUACCUGUCAAGCAGGUUUCCAACUUGUUGGUAGUAUUUCAGUACGCUGCAGUAGAGGUCGGUGGCUUGGUUCAUUUCCACGAUGUGUAGAUUACGACGAAUGUCAAUCGGGUAUGUGUCGUCAACAAGUGUGUAAAAAUACUCUUGGUGGACAUUUAUGUGGUUGUGGUGAUGGCUACAAGCAAGGCGUGGGCGGGACCUGUCAGGAUAUUAAUGAAUGUUUAAAGGACAAUGGUGGAUGUCAAGGACAAUGUGUUAACACACAGGGAAGUUUCAGGUGCAUUUGUCCGCAAGGAUCUGGUACACAGCUUACGAAAGAUGGAUUGAAAUGCGAAGACAUUAACGAAUGUGCAAACAACGGUGGUAGAGGUCCAUGUGAUCAUUUCUGUGUUAAUUUCUAUGGAGGUUACCAGUGCAAAUGUCGUGCAGGUUUUACAGCUCGUGGAAACACCUGCCAGGCAACCAAAUGUGCAGGGAUUUCAGCUCCUGCGAACGGUAAAAAAAUACCAGCAGGUGACUUACGUGAUAUUGAUGAUGUGGUGACCUUCACAUGCAAUGCCAACUAUAAAUUGGUUGGAUCAAAAUCAAGGAAAUGCUUAGUUGAUGGCAGAUGGUCUGGCGUUGAAGGAAAGUGUGAAAUUAUGUAUUGUCAUUCUGCACCUGUCAUUCUGAAUGGUAAACAAUCUAGCACAAAUAAUCAUGCAGGAGCUGUAAUAACCUACACAUGUAAUUCUGGCUAUAAACUUGUGGGCAAAUCAAAGCUGACCUGUCAAAGUGACCAAAAAUGGAGUGAUCCCGCACCAAGAUGUAUUCGAACUGACUGUGCGGAGCCACUUGCACCAAGAAAUGGUAAAGUUGUUGGUUCACAGACAACCAUUGACAGCACCAUACUUUAUGAAUGUAAUCUUGGAUACACGUUUGCACCAAACACGGCGCCAUAUGCUUUAUGUCAACCAAAUAAACAAUGGAGCAAGCCCACCCCAACUUGUCAAGUUGUGAACUGUGGCGACCCGGGCACGAUCAAUGAUGCUCGAAGGACUGGGAAUAGUUUUACAUAUAACAGCGCGGUGACGUAUACAUGUAACCCUGGUUAUCGUGUCUCGGGCUCAGAAAGAAGAAUAUGUCAAGGGGAUGGUACUUGGAGUGGAGUUUCUCCAAAAUGUUCAAUUAGGUCAUGUGGUGACCCAGGUACUCCGAUCAAUGGUGAAAAGGGUGGAUUAGACUAUACAUACGGCAAAGACGUGACUUUCAAAUGUAAUGCUAACUACAGACUGGUUGGUGACGCGACACGUCAAUGCCAGACAAGCGGAAUGUGGAGUGGUGUCCAACCUACAUGUGAAAUUAUAACCUGUGGAGAUCCUGGGAUACCAGCAAAUGGCGAGAGAACCGGAAAUACAUUUAAUGCCGGUAAUGAAUUAAACUAUGAAUGCAAACCUGGGUAUAAACUGAUUGGUGUAUCAAAAUUAAUCUGUCAACAAGACGGAACAUGGUCAACAUCAUCACCGACAUGUGCUGUAUCAUCUUGUGGAGGUGUACUCCAUGGUCCAUCUGGUUCAUUGAAAUCCCCCAACUAUCCUAACCUAUACGGCAAAGAUCACUAUUGUCGAUGGAAGAUUUCUGUACCAGUCAACAAGAAAGUUCUCAUCCGUUUCAAGUCACUCGAUACAGAAUACAAGAAUGAUUACGUCAUGGUUUCAGAUGCACAAACGGGGACAUUGAUCACAGUUUUGUCUGGUAUCAACCGUAAUGAAAUGGUAUUUACAUCAUCUUCUAAUGAAAUGGAAAUUAAAUUCAUUUCUGACAGUAAUCGAGAAAGUAUCGGAUUUGAAGCAACUUAUGAACAAGUCUCAUGCGGUGGCAUUAUUACGUCAUUGAAUGACGUAAUUGAGAGCCCUUCCUAUCCUAGCAACUACCCGAAUGCCAUAACCUGCGCAUGGCAAGUUCUUAUUCCUCGUGAACAAAUUUCCUUGGAGUUCGACGAGUUCAAAACGGAAACUUCAUUUGAUUACUUACAAGUCCACACAAGUGUUAGUCGUUUCAAUGCGCAAUCAUUUGUGGCACGUUUCUCUGGCUACUGGAAACCAACAUCUGUUAUUUCAAUGGAUGGCUACAUGCAUCUUGUCUUUACUACAAGUCCAAGAGGAAGUAACACAGGGUUUAGAGCAAAGGUGGCCAAGUACAAAAUAAGUUUUGGAAAAUGAAUAAAUAGCGUAAGAACUCAUAAACUGUGACGAAAUGCGUGAAAACUUGCAGUUUCAUUAGUAAAUAAAUUGCGAAAUUGCUUUGUGUA